AGAAUCAAAUGUCCAGUAAAGGAUGAAUUAGUACCUAGCAACAACGUUGGUAAACAGAGAGAGAGUACCUAUUGGACAACUUGGCGGAGAGCUCUCAGCGACAUUCGAUUGGAGAAUUGGUGUGUUGUAAAUGGACUGUUUGCUGAUUCCCUGUAUUUGAGAGAGCUGUGUGUGAUACGGCGGCCGGAUAUCUAUAACGUCUCUAUCCCAGCAGACUGUUCCCCGUAAUUAGUACACAGGUACAGUUAGAUGAUCGUGUUUUGGAAAAUGUAAACGUUUCCCUGCAGCCAUCUAUUUUUCGGAGACUUCUACUGACUAAAGUGUGAUAACGAAAGGAACAGCAAUGCCGGAGAUAAGGAAUAUACUGUACAUUGAUCUUGAAGCUGUGACGACACAGGGUAUAAAUGAAGGUGCCAGUACUCCAACCAGCACUGUCACGAAAACUUGCAGUUGGGCACAUCCGUGAUUUCUUCUCUGAGCAUAGUCUUGGCGUACAUAUUCAAAAUAGCGAUGAAUUCAAGCACUCCAAGUGUGACUUCCGGUGUGGUCGUCCAAACGGACGUGAACACAGUGGCGUCCUCCUCGUAUUACGGAGACGAUUACUUCGGAAACUAUACGUAUGAAUAUGAUUACAAUGAAGCCCUGAACCAUCUCCCCCUCAAUGAGUUCAUACCAACGGUUGUGUUUUAUUCGUUCGUCGGACUCGUUGGUCUCGUCGGAAAUGUCCUGGUCAUUGUGGCUAUCGCUUUAUUCCCACGUAUGCGCAGUAUCACCAAUGUUUUCUUAGUAAAUCUGGCAUCCGCCGACCUCAUCUUCGUUCUCAUCUGUGUUCCGGUCAAGGGUGUGACGUUUUUCUCGUACAGUUGGCGUCUUGGUGCGUUUCUGUGUAAAGCAUACGUUUAUGUCCAAAACGUGUCCGUGAUAUGUUCUGUGAUGACUCUCACAGUCAUGAGCGUGGAACGGUUUAUGGCGAUACUAUUUCCGCUGAGAGCACGAUACCUGUGUACUAUGCGCCAUGCCCGGAUUGUCAUCCUCUGUAUCUGGUUCCAGGCCCUCGUCAUGGCUAUCCCAGUCUUGUUUGGACAGAAACAUAUUAUGGUAGGUUCGACUCGGAAAGCCUAUUGGUGCCGAAUAGAUUUUGUAGAACCAGAACACCACCAAACCUAUGAACUCUACAUGCUCGUCAUCAUCUUCGUCAUCCCAGUCGGUGUGAUGGCUUUCACAUACACUUGGAUAUGUGUGGAGAUCUGGUACGUCGUGUCCAAGAGGGCGGUCAUGCGCUCAGGCAGUGAAUGUCAAUAUAAAGAAGCCCGGUCUUCUACGUCUCCGUCAUAUACGAUGACGUCACAAAGAUCCUCGUCUAAUGUAUAUCCAGCAUACGGGGACUCGACACGAGGAACAUCCGGGGACUCGACGAGACGUAUGCCAGUCAAAAGUACAGACGACACGCGCACACGUAAACAGGUUAUCAUCAUGCUGAUCGUCGUAGUACUGCUAUUCGCGGUGUGCUGGGGUCCAAUCCUCAUCAACAAUGUUCUCGUGUCCUUCAAGGUACUGGACGGUUUCCACAUAUACUACUUGAAGCCGAUGCGCCUAGCUUUCCACCUCAUGUCAUAUGCAAACAGUUGUGUGAACCCUAUUGUGUACGGUUUCAUGUCACGGAACUUCAGGGAAAGUUUCAAAAAAGCGUUAUCGACUUGUUGCAAAGGAAAACGGAAGUCUCGUUUAGCGAUACUCGAUACCACGAGAACUUCCAUUUUGAAAUCGAGCAACGGAAGUGACGAAAAAGACAAUGGCUACACCACUACAGAGACAGCUUUUCGUUCACCAUCUAAAGGUUCUAUAACAAUAGAAAACAAGCAAAUGGAUAGACUGGGAUGAUUGUCUGAUGAAACAUGCUGGUAGUGGAAACAUCGACGAUACUUGGGGUUGUUCUACAAUUACAAGUUAACUACAAUGUAACUACAUGUAUGUAGGUCAAUAUGUAAAUAACAAUUCGGAAGAUUUCAACUAUUGUACAACGUGGUCAGAUAGAUAUUGUUGAGAGACUUAUAUUACAAAGUUGUGUUAAGAAAAUAAUGAUCAGUAUGUAGUGCAUGCGUAUUGUGUAACAUUGAUGAGACUAUCAGGAAUUCAGGGUAUUGUUUCCGUUUAGAAGUGAAUUAUGUGAAUGUAUUAUGUUUUUUUUUAUUAGCUGAAUUCACAAUAAAAAUGUCCAUUACUUUGUUGCCAUUAAAUCACCAAUGUCAAUAAUUUACUUUUGGGAAUAACCUGUGACCGAAUUAUACGACGGUUAAAAACGAGGAAAACGACUUUGAUGUAGUUAGAGGUCAUUUGCUACCUGGUUUGUCAGCAUUUAUGAAAAGUAUUGUCUAUUAAUUCCCUGUGACAAGCAUGGACGAGAAAAGAAAAAUAAUGUUACGGCUUCCGAGUAAGAACAAAUUAGCGAGUUCACAUCACAUCCUAUUAUUUCACCAUAGUAAUGUAUUUGGAUGAUUCUGAUUCGUCAUGAACACCUUUGAUAUUAUAAUGCUUGUCCAUUUUUUUUCUUUGUUUGUUUUUUGUCUUUUGUUGGUUUUUUUCUGGCUUUUUUCACUAAUGUUAGCCUUAUUUAAUCAAGUGGUCAUUGCAGAAGAGAUAAUACUGCCUUUUAGAUUGGCUAAUAUGAAAUCAAAGAGCAAGUGAUGUAUGGAAUUGGAAUACAUUUUUUUCUUCUAGUUAUUGAAAAAUAUUGAUGAUACGUAUGGUCUUUAAUUUGGUAUCUCGUAAUAGUAAAAGUUGUUUAAACUGUUGUUCACUAGAAAGGAAUAUUGAAUACAGCUGCAAUAGUGUAUGCAAAACAUAUCCAAUCUGUUGUUUAUGGAUUAAACAAGACUCUCUCUGUUGUUUAUGGAUUAAACAAGACCCUCUCUGUUGUUUAUGGAUUAAACAAGACCCUCUUUGUUGUUUAUGGAUUAAACGGGAACCAACUUGUUGUUUAUGGAUUUAAUAUAACCCAAUCUGUUGUUUAUGGAUUAAACAAGACCCUCUCUGUUGUUUAUGGAUCAAACAUGAACCAAUCUGUUGUUUAUGGAUUAAACGGGAACCAAUCUGUUGUUAAUUGAUUAAACAAGACCCUCUCUGUUGUUUAUGGAUUAAACAUGAACCAAUCUGUUGUUAUGGAUUAAACGGGAACCAAUCUGUUGUUAAUUGAUUAAACAAUACCCUCUCUGUUGUUUAUGGAUUAAACGGGAACCAAUUUGUUGUUUAUGGAUUUAAUAUAACCCAUUCUGUUGUUUAUGGAUUAAAUAGGACCUAAUAUUUUGUUUAUUGAUUAGACAGUACCAAAUCUGUUGUUUAUUGAUUAAAUAGGAAAACAAAUAUGUUGUUUAUGGAUAAAAAUACCACUUUAAGUCUUAGCAAAAUAGCAAAUCUGGUCUAUCUUUGGUUUUGUACAGGAAUAUAAUAAAGGUAAGACAUAGUCUACUUUAAUACAAACAAAUUACUUCAAAUGAAUGGUUAUGUUUUUUUCUGUUUUUUUUUUUAAAUGUUAAACCAUGAAGCAAACGAUAAAAUGUUUUUAAGGCAUGGCAGUAUAUCACCGUGAAGUUCUGUGUCACUAUUCAGUAGACACGGAAGGUAUAAAGAGACCCUGUUCUAUCUGUAGGACGAACUAUAAAUUGGUUCCUUUUAUUACAUAGGAUGAAAUAUGAUUAAAUGUUUAUAGUCCUAUAUCAUAUCUGUAUGGAAUUAAAGAAAAAAGAUUAUGAAGAAACUUUUGACGUGACUACAAAAAUUGUGUACACUAUAAGGAGUAGGAAACCGACUCUAGUCAUCGGAACAAUUGACAGAGCACUGUUGUAGAUGUUCUGUAGUGUUCUUGGGAAUAACUUAUCAUAGUCACCGGAACAAUUGACAGAGCACUGUUGUAGAUGUUCUGUAGUGCUCUUGAGGAUAACUGAUCUUAAUCACCGGCGUCUUAAGUAGCGUCCUUGUUGUCACACUUACGUAGGUUGAAUUUCAUCAAGGUCAUGGUAAUGCAACGUGGUUUUUCGGUGACACUGUCUUGACAUAAAUAGACACAGGAUUGUUUUACUGGAUAGCUCUACACUAUAGCGGGGACGGCUGGUCAGGGAUUCCUGUGUGAUUACUAUGACCGAUAGAUGCUUGGUAAAUGCCAAGAUUCUGUGAUACAUUUUGUCUAAUGUAAAUGUUCACAUGCGACGACCAAUUGUCUCGAAACUUCAAAAGGAAAUAAAGUAAUGUGAUUUGAUUA